GGACGGGUCACGUGGUAGUAUCUGCCAGAAGGAGACCUCCAAAGCUUGGCCAUCAGGGAAGCGCCUCCACCCUUUCCAAAAAUGCCCCGGAAGUGCCUCCGUCCUCAGUAAAGAUGGCCGUAACCCUUGACAGGAGGGAGGCGGGGCUGCGCCUGCGCAACAAGUUCAGCGGGGAAAAUGGCGGAUGACAAGGAUUCUCUGCCCAAGCUUAAGGACUUGGCGUUUCUCAAGGACCAGCUGGAGAGCCUGCAGCGGCGUGUGGAAGAUGAAGUCAACAGUGGUGUGGGCCAGGACGGCUCGCUGUUGUCCUCCCCAUUCCUCAAGGGCUUCCUGGCUGGCUAUGUGGUGGUGAAACUGAGGGCAUCAGCAGUAUUGGGCUUUGCCGUGGGCACCUGCACUGCCAUCUACGCAGCUCAGGCAUAUGCUGUGCCCAUUGUGGAGAAGACAUUAAGGGACUAUCUGCGGUCACUGUGCAAGGGACCUGACUAGCUCUGGAUGCCAUGGGGGAGGCAGGAUGAGCACCUGGGGCCUGCAGGUGGAGGUCUUUCAAGCACAGACACCAUUUCUGGCUUCCUCGGCUGUCACCUGUUUGCUGUCUCCAACUUUCCUGCCACCUUCAUCCUUGCUUCCCUUCCUGAAGAGAGUGGACAGUGGCUCAUCAGCCAGCACCCUGGACUCCUUCCCUCCCUAAUCCCAUGGGACUGGGCCAAAGACUGCAGCUUCUAGGGCCGGCAGCCCCUUUUCCAGCCCUGAUUGUGGAGUUUGCAGCUGACUCUGAUCCUCAGUAUUCUCUCUGGUGAUGUACCAUGGCUCCUCCCUCCUGGGAGCUGGCUCCAUAACUUCAUUUUCCCCAAAUGUGUCACAAUCCCCACUGCCUCUUGCCAUUUACACAGGC